CAUGACGGGUGGAAUUAGUUGGCCCUCUCAGAAGCCUAGCCGGGGGGACGCGUAGAUCGACUCAUUGGGCAACACGUGUACGGUAGAGGUGACGCGGAAUAAACAAAAUGGUCUGGGAGCGAAUAUCGAUGAGCCAGCUCAACAACCACCACGGCCACCGUAUGUACAUCGUAUGUUUGUACACUCAUCAGAUAUACGACACGUGUAUGAUGACGUGGAUGGUGCCUCGUCACCGCACCACCUCCUCCCCUCUCUCCAUCUCUUCUCCUCAUUCCCCCCUUUCUCUCUCUGCAAAAACAAAAAAAAACGGGAAAAAAGGAAAAAAAACUCUUUCCCUCCGUUUCUAGAGAGAGAAAGUGGAAGCAUAGAGAGAGAAAAUGCUGAGGCUGAGAAGCUAGGGCUAGAUUUAGGGGUUGUGGUGUGUUGUGUGUGGCGUGCCGUGUGCGAUCUUUUUUUCGCCAUUGAAGAGAGUGGAAGCUUGUUGGAAUUUCCGGAACGGUUUUGCCCUUUUUUGUUUUCUUUUUUUCUUGGGUGUUUUGGUUUGGGAAGCGGAGAGGAGGAGAUUUGAAGGUACGUGGAAUUCGGAGUCUGAUUUGUCUGAAUUUUUGGAUUCGGAUUGGAGGAUUUGAUGGUGGAGUUCCGACAUUUGGCUCUGUUUGGUUGCUGAGAAAACGGGGAAAGGGAAAGGGAGAGAAAACGAAGUUAUAAUUUUAUUUUUCUUUUUCUAUGCGAGUGUUUUUGGUUUCUGUAAAAGGAAAAAAAGUCAAUUAAGUCAAGGGGUUGCUGAGAAAUGUAGGAAAAUAAGGGAAAUCAAAAUUUUGACUAAGGAAACACUUAACUAAGCGGAACUUGCUGUCGUUGAGUUCGAUUAUUUGCGUUUCUUUUCUAUUUUUGUUUUUUGUUUGUCAAACAAAAUUUAAAUGCUGUAGAGGACUCGGAAUUUUGUUUUUCUUUUGUUUUCCUUCGUUUUCUCGGGAGCCAAACAGAAGAGGAGAGUUGGAACUCAUCUGGAUCUCUCUAAUCGGUCUUUGUUCCUGCUAUGAACUUUUGCGCACUUAUUUUGAGUGCCGGUUUACUUAUGUUGAUUUUAGAUGUGUUCUUGCGCUCUUCCAUGGGAAAUUUUCUUAUAAUUUGCAGUUUUAUUAGGUUUCUAUAAUUUCUAAGAGUCCAUUUGGAUGAUGAGCAGUGAAACUGUACUCACUGGAAGCAUUGUUUUCAGAAAAUAGAAAUUUCUGUAGAUUAUUUCCAAAAAAUAAAAAAAAAAAGAGAGUAAAUUGAGUUCUUUAUUUCAUGAACACAUACUAGGAUAUUUUUGUCAUUUAGUUUCCAUACUAUCUCGGUGAUAUCGAUUUGCUGCUACUCUAUCAUUUCUACCCUUCGCUUUCUUGGUAUCGGUGGGGAUGGUGGAAAGACAUUGAUGACCCUUUCUUUUUUGUUUUGUUUUGUUUUGUUUUUUUGUUUUUUUUUUUUUCUUUUUCCAUUUUUGUCCGUUAAAUUUUUUCUUAUUUAUUUAUUUGUUUUAUCGUGUGGAUCAAUAACCUUUUCUGCUGUAGUUGUGGGUUAAAUAACUUGUGUGAAUAUAUAGAUCUAAUAAAUUUUGGUUGUAUUCUUGGAGGAUCUUAUAGAUUAUAUAAUGAAUCGUUGGACCUUUAAUCAUAUUGAGUGAUUUAGUUGAGUGAUAACAGUCUAAAUUCUUCCUUUAGAGAUGGUUUUUGGCUUGAUGGAAUGUUGUUUAUGCAGCUACUUACUAUUCUUUUUUGGUAAUACUUCCAAAAUAUUGAGUUGUUUUCUCUUAUGUUUAUGAAGCAACCGAAGCUAUAUGUAGUUUCUAACUCAUACACGCUAUACCUAAUAUCUUAGGGUCAUCUUCUGGUGAAGAUAUGUUGACUAAUCUCAAUUAUGUGAGGUUCAACACUCAAAAUACAAAGCAGCCUCUCACUUGGUUAGAGUUAACAUGGACAGUUACCCAAGGGCUCCUGAAUUGUGAAAGUAAACCUUCCCCAUCUGUUAUCCGAUUUUUGCAGAAAUUGGUCUUUGUAGGUUAUCCGAAAUAUUUCAGGGUAAUGCUUUGUUGGGUCUGAUUGUGCUACUCUUGUUAGAAGGUUCUGAUUGAACCUUUUUAUAUGUGGAGUUCCCAGUAUAAAGGCUGCUAGAACUUUGGUGAAUGGAGAGUUUGGGUCUAGUGUAUUCCUCUGGUAUUCAUGUUGGGUCAAGACGUUCAUUAGUGGCACUGUUUCUUAAAGGAAAGUUAAGGAGGGGAAGUUCAUCUUUGGAGAUUUAUAUAUCCUUCUCAUUUUGUGAAGCAGAAUCUAGUUGUUGAAUUAGCCUUGUGGAUUCAUGUUGGGGGGAGAAAUAUGUAGAGAUUCCAUUGAAUCUGAAAGUAUUUAUUCUCUAAUUGUAUGGUGUUAUGAGCAUCAUGUUGUGUUUCUGUUGUUACCCUGUUCCAAACAAGCUGAGCAACCCUAAUUUCCAAAUUGACUUUGAACUUCAGUGUUUCAAAAAACAAUACAGAACCCAUGCACGUCAAACAAGUUUGUGGUUGCACAAGUGAUGUUGUGACCCUGGGUUAGCAAGUUUAAUUGGAAAAGUGAUGUAGAGAUAUGGUCCAGUUGUAGUAGUAAUUAGGGGAACUUUGUGGUUACAAUCAUCUGCUUGAUUUGUGGGCUAAGUGGAAUCUAAUGCUGACAAGAUUUUAACCAGAGAAACAGAAUAGGCUAAGCAUUUUCUUUAUCAUCCUCAAUCAAUUGAGAGUUCCUGCAUUGGUGCUUGUCCAUGGGGAAUGAAGAAGAGGGGAAGUCCCCUAAGCCUGAAAAACCAACUUCACCUCCACCACCGGAUCAAGCCAAUAUUCAUGUGUAUCCUGAUUGGGCAGCCAUGCAGGCAUAUUAUGGCCCCAGGGUCACUCUACCUCCAUAUUACAAUUCAGCUAUGGCAUCUGGUCAUGCUCCUCAUCCUUACAUUUGGGGCCCUCCACAGCCAAUGAUGCCGCCUUAUGGGCCACCAUAUGCGGCAAUCUACUCGCCUGGAGGUGUUUAUCCACAUCCUGCAGUUCCUCUUGGGUCACAUUCACAUGGGCAUGGGGUUCAAUCAUCACCUGUUGUAAGCGAAGCAUUGGCUGCACCUCCUUUGAGCAUAGAAACACCUGCAAAGUCAUCAGGAAAUACAGACCGUGGUUUAAUGAAGAAGUUGAAAGGGUUUGAUGGGCUUGCAAUGUCCAUAGGGAAUGGCAAUGGUGAGAGCACCGAGGGUGGGUCUGAUCAUGGAUUAUCUCAGAGUGGAGAAACUGAAGGUUCCAGUGAUGGAAGUGAUGGGAAUACAGCAGGGGCAGAUCAAACUAGAAGGAAAAGAAGCCGGGAGGGAACACCACCUAUAGGUGGAGAUGGGAAAACUGAGACACAGGCCACUUCAGCUCCUUCUGCAGAGGUAAAUGCAGGUUCUGAUAAGGUGUUGGGUGUUGCUGUCCCUCCCACUAGUGUCACAGGAAAAUUGGCAGGAGCUGUACUUUCUCCUAGAAUGAGCACAGCAUUGGAGCUCAGAAAUCCUCCUAGUGUGAAUGCAAAAACUAGUCCGAGUAGCAUCCCUCAACCUGGUGCUAUGGUGCCUUCUGACACAUGGAUACUGAAUGAAAGGGAGAUAAAACGUGAGAGGAGAAAACAGUCUAAUCGAGAAUCUGCAAGAAGGUCAAGGUUGAGGAAGCAGGCUGAGACCGAAGAACUUGCACUGAAAGUUGAAAGCUUGAAUACUGAGAAUUCGGUACUUAAAUCUGAAAUUAAUCGCUUAAGAGAGAAUUCAGAGAAACUGAAGCUUGAAAAUGCCACAUUAAUGGAGAAACUAAAAAGCGCACAGUUAGAACAAGCAGAAGAUACACAUUUGAAUAAGGUCGACGACAAGAGAGUCCUGCCUGUCAGCACAGAGAACCUACUUUCCAGAGUCAAUAAUUCAGGUUCUGUCGACAGGAGCACUGAGGAAGAAGGCGACAUGUACGAGAAAAACACAAACACUGGCGCAAAGCUGCACCAACUUCUGGAUACGAGUCCCAGGGCAGAUGCAGUGGCUGCUGGAUGAUCAAGUCACCUGUAAAAAUCUGCUGCCACUUUUAUCAUUCAUCAACUUUUUUAAAAGUGAAUCCUGUGGUUUUGGUCAUAAUUACAAACCCAAAAUUACUGCUAACAAAAUAGGUGAAUAGAACGAGUAUCUGAAGAAAAACUGGAUUCUAAUUUUUACCUGUAACUUAGUUUCUCUGAUGAUAAAACCAAUAUGUAUUAUAUUUUAGAUUUCAGAGUGGUGGGAUUGACGCCCUGAAAGGUAGUGUACAUUGAAGAGAAUGAGAGAUUUUGUUUGGGGGAGAAUCUUCGAACCUUUAAUAUACCAUAUAAUAUAAUAUCUGGUGGUUGUGCAAUUUGUACUCA